UGGGCAAAGCGGACCACACCCAGACCCAGACCGAAGACAAGGUGAGAGAGAAGCAAACCGCACGCCAAAAGGAGGGAGAGGGGCAACCGCGGAUCUCGCCCGCGCGCCCGCCGGCCCCCUCCGCCAUGUCCGCCGACGGCCCCGGCGCGGUCCGCCGCGCGCUGGACAGGGCCGGCGCGAGCCUCCGCACCGGCCGCCGCGCGCUCGCCCGCUUCGCGCCCCGCCCCUCGGCCUUCGCCCCGGCGCCCGACGCCGAGGCCGCGGCGGUCCGCGCCGUGCGCAACCUCCGCACCUUCCGCGUCCACUACGCCGUGAUCCAGUGGGCGCUGCUGCUCGCCUCCCUCGCCCCCCGCCACCGCGCCUCCAUGCUCUUCCUCAUGGCCGCCUCCAAGGGCCUGCUCCUCUACGGGGGCCUCCUCCGGGCCUUCCCCAACUCCGCGCUCCUCCGCCGCCUCCUCGACCGCCGCCUCGUCGCCGCCGUCUUCGUGGUCCUCGUCGUCGCCGACCUCGCGGCGGCUGAUGCCAUACCCAACCUCCUCUUCGCGCUCGCCGCCGGGGCCCCCGUCGUCGUGCUCCACGCCGCGUUCCGCGUCCGCGACGACCUCGAGCCCGUCGCCUCCGCCGACAGCGCCGGAGGGGAGGAGGCCACGGGGGUGGUGGUGGAGAAGAAGGAGGACGGCGACAUGGAGACGGGGCCGACGCGCCGCUCCGCCACGGCCGCCACCAAGUCCUAGGCAACAAGAUCUCGCCGCCCAUAUACAAGUACACCUUAGACAGACAAAGUGCUGGUAUUUCUUGAUCAAAUUCCAUUCUUUUUGGAGAGAUUUGGAGCUCACUACUACCUAGGAUGCAGCAGAAUGAAUCGAAAUUCGUUGUCUCUUCUUGUCUUAAUUAUGGCUUAGCAUUAGGAUCUUCCCCUGUUCCUUGUGUAUACACAAAUUUACUGCUACUGCUACUACUACUACUACAUUGUUACUCCAUAGAACAAAACUAGCAACUAACAAGAGAAUCAACUGGAGCAGCUCAUCUGACCAUUCCUUCCUAUAUGUAAUUCUGAUUGUGAUGACAGACAGAGAUAACACCGUGGCAUCGCAUCGCAUUGCAUUUGUUUCUAUGA